GUGCCAGUGACGUGACGAUUUCGUUUAGAUAUUGUGCGUUUGACUGUUAAGGGAAUUUGAAUGCAAGAUGUUUCGACUGGCUGUGAAUCCAUUGCUCAAUGUUUUAAAACGGCAAUAUUCGAAUGUAGCUCCAACGACCAAAUUGUUCAUUGAUGGACAAUUUGUGGAGUCAAAAACAACCCAAUGGGUGGAUUUGCACGAUCCUGCCACAAACAACUUGGUCACUAGAGUACCACAAAGCACACAAGCAGAAAUGGAAGCUGCAGUGCAAUCAAGCCAAAACGCUUACGAUUCAUGGAAAAACACCUCAGUACUGACCAGGCAGCAGUUAAUGCUAAAAUUGCAGGCCGCAAUCCGAAGAGAUAUGAAGAAAAUUACCGCUAAUAUCACCUUGGAACAGGGCAAGACUCUGGCGGAUGCCGAUGGCGAUGUUUUGAGAGGAGUUCAGGUUGUGGAGCAUGCAUGCGCCGCUGGCACUUUGCUUCAGGGCGAAUCCCUUCAAGGCAUCUCGAAAGACAUGGAUAUCACGUCCUAUAAAGUGCCUAUUGGAGUUACAGCAGGUAUUUGCCCAUUCAACUUCCCUGCCAUGGUGCCAUUGUGGAUGUUCCCUUUGGCUCUAAUCGCAGGAAACACCAUGCUAAUCAAACCAUCCGAAAGAGACCCCGGCGCCACGGUGAUGCUGAUGGAGCUGCUUAAUGAAGUAGGAUGUCCACCAGGCGUAGUAAAUGUAAUCCAUGGUACCCAUGAUGCAGUCAAUUUCAUCUGCGACAACCCCAACAUCAAAGCGAUAAGUUUCGUUGGAGGUGACCGGGCAGGAAAACAUAUCUACUCAAGAGGAGCUGCAAGUGGCAAAAGAAUACAGUCCAACAUGGGGGCUAAAAAUCACGCCAUCGUGCUUCCUGAUGCGGAUAAAAAUGCGGCGUUGGACGCCAUUGCAGGUGCAGCUUUCGGGGCAGCUGGACAAAGAUGCAUGGCCUUAAGUGUGGCCAUUCUAGUAGGCGAAGCGCAAAAAUGGCUUCCCGACCUGGUGGAAAAAGCCAAAAAGCUCCAAGUGAAUGCUGGGCAUGAACCUGGAACUGAUGUUGGCCCGGUGAUUUCACCUCAAGCUAAGCAGAGGAUUUUAGGUUUGAUUGAAGCCGGCAUUAAGCAGGGCGCAAAAUGCCCCUUAGACGGUCGCAAUGUUAAAGUGGAAAAAUACCCCAACGGAAACUUCGUGGGACCCACAAUCCUCACUGAAGUCCUCCCUAGCAAUGACUGUUAUAAGGAAGAAAUCUUCGGCCCGGUGCUUUCAGUGGUUUCAGCCAAUACCCUGGAGGAAGCAAUCUCGAUAAUAAACGCCAACCCAUAUGGAAAUGGAACAGCCAUUUUCACCACCAGCGGGAACCAUGCGAGACAAUUCGUGCAUGAAGUCGAUGUUGGACAGAUCGGCAUCAAUGUUCCCAUUCCGGUACCAUUGCCAAUGUUCAGUUUCACCGGCUCUAGAGGAAGUUUCCAAGGGGAUCUUCACUUUUAUGGGAAGCAAGGGCUCAAUUUCUAUACGGAAACGAAGACAAUCACUUCCCUGUGGAGGAAAGGAGUGGUAUCUGCUGGUGCGGCUCCUUCGGUUUCUAUGCCGGUUCACAAUUAGGGUGUUGAAUGGACAGCUGGAGAAGAAAUUCUCAAUAAAGGACACUUUGUGAAAGUUGUCAAUAAUAUAAUUACAUUAAAAAUAUAUUUCCAAUCACGUAA